UCCGACCUCUCCAGCCUCCACCCUGCCCGUGCAGGCGGCUCCCCGGAAUACACGCACAUGCACCCCCGGCACCCCCUCCCCGCGCCCCGACCCGGGCAGGGGGUGGGCCCUCACCCGGGCGCUAAAAAGUCCCCCUAGGCGGGAGCAGGGGAGGGCAGAGGGGCGGGGGAGGCUCCAGCACUCUCCGCUCUCGUUUCAAAGCGCGCUCUCCCUUCCAGGUUGGGUCGGACCUGAACCCCUAAAAGCGGAACCGCCUCCCGCCCUCUCGCCAGCAGCCCGCCCGGAGCUGAGUCGCCGGCGGCGGUGGCGGCGGACGGACCGGGGAGUUUCCUCUCGCAUUGGAUGGAGCUGAACUUUGGGCGGCCAGAGCAGCGCGGCCGUCCGGGGAGCGCUGCAUGCUGAGCUCCCUCGGCGAGACCCAGCGGCAGCUCUGGAUUUUCGGGGGGGCGGGGACCAGCUGCGCGCCGGCACCAUGUUCUUGGCGACCCUGUACUUCGUACUGCCGCUUCUGGACGUGCUCCUGUCGGCCGAGGUCAGCGGCGGGGACCGCUUGGACUGCGUGAAAGCCAGCGAUCAGUGCUUGAAGGAGCAGAGCUGCAGCACCAAGUACCGCACGCUCAGGCAGUGCGUGGCGGGCAAGGAGACCAACUUCAGCUUGACAUCGGGCCUGGAGGCCAAGGACGAGUGCCGCAGCGCCAUGGAGGCCCUCAAACAGAAGUCGCUUUACAACUGCCGCUGCAAGCGGGGUAUGAAGAAGGAGAAGAACUGUCUGCGCAUCUACUGGAGCAUGUACCAGAGCCUGCAGGGAAAUGAUCUGCUUGAAGAUUCCCCAUAUGAACCAGUUAACAGCAGAUUGUCUGAUAUAUUCCGGGUAGUCCCAUUCAUACCAGCGGAGCGUAUCCCGAAAGGGAACAAUUGCCUGGACGCCGCCAAGGCCUGCAACCUGGACGACACCUGUAAGAAGUACAGGUCUGCCUACAUCACACCGUGCACCACCAGCAUGUCCAACGAUGUCUGCAACCGGCGCAAGUGCCACAAGGCCCUCCGGCAGUUCUUCGACAAGGUCCCGGCCAAGCACAGCUACGGGAUGCUCUUCUGCUCCUGCCGGGACAUCGCCUGCACCGAGCGGAGACGGCAGACCAUCGUGCCGGUGUGCUCCUACGAGGAGAGGGAGAAGCCCAACUGCUUGAAUUUGCAGGACUCCUGCAAGACGAAUUACAUCUGCAGAUCUCGCCUGGCGGAUUUUUUUACCAACUGCCAGCCGGAGUCAAGGUCUGUCAGCAGCUGUCUAAAGGAAAACUACGCUGACUGCCUCCUCGCCUACUCAGGGCUUAUUGGUACAGUCAUGACCCCCAACUACAUAGACUCCAGUAGCCUCAGCGUGGCCCCCUGGUGUGACUGCAACAACAGUGGAAACGACCUGGAGGAGUGCUUGAAAUUUCUGAAUUUCUUCAAGGACAACACAUGUCUUAAAAAUGCAAUUCAAGCCUUUGGCAAUGGCUCAGAUGUGACUGUGUGGCAGCCAGCCCUCCCAGUUCAGACCACCACUGCCACCACCACCACAGCCUUCUGGGUCAAGAACAAGCCCCUGGGGCCAGCAGGCUCUGAGAAUGAAAUCCCCACUCAUGUUUUACCACCUUGCGCAAAUUUACAGGCACAGAAGCUGAAAUCCAAUAUGUCGGGCAGUCCACACCUCUGUCUUUCUGAUCGUGAUUACGAAAAGGAUGGUCUUGCUGGGGCUUCCAGCCACAUAACCACAAAAUCAAUGGCUGCUCCUCCAAGCUGCAGUCUGAGCCCACUGCUGGUCCUGGUGGUAACUGCCCUGUCCACCCUAUUAUCUUUAUCUUUGGCUGACACAUCGUAGCUGCAUUUAAAAAACAAUAUGGACAUGUAAAAAGACAAAAACCAAGUUAUCUGUUUCCUGUCCUCUUGUAUAUCUGAAAUUCCAGUUUUAGGAGCUCAGUUGAGACACUGCUAAAACAGUUUCAUCCAACUGGAACUUUUUUCUUUCUUUUUUUUUUCUAAGAAAGCUUCUUGUGAUCCUUAGGGCUUAUAUGGGAUCCCCGAUACAGUGCUACAUUCCAAACUCAGAAGGCUUUGGGGCAUGCUGUAUUGUAAAGGGACAGUUUGUUGAUUUGGCUGUAAAGCAAACUGGGGCCAUGUUUUUCAAGAGGACGAUGAGGAUGGUGAUUUUAACAAUUUAACUCUGGCCUUCACUAGCUAGAGAAGGAGUUAGUAUUUCUAAAGAAUCUUCCAUAUCUCACGUAAUAGGUUUUAUUUCUGAUGACAUGACUGCAGCAGUACGUGGAUGCCAAGUUUUUUUUUGUCACAAAGUGAAGAUCCUCAUCAAGACAAUCUUGAUGGACUUUGUGCAGACAAGCUUGUACCAAUGUUCACUUUUCUAUACGUACUAGUAUUUUCCGCGCUGCGUUUAUGUACUCUAAACAGUUCUGCACUCUCCUACAAAAACAAAAAAUACCUGUCACAUUCCACUGUAGUGUCUGUCUUCUAGUCAAAAUAGAGAGUGAGAGUGGGCAUGAGACUUCACAGAACCUUGAUCAUUGAGACAUUUUCCUAAGCCUUACCUGAGGGAGAAGCCCUUAAACUAACAAGAGUCAAAUAUAGCUGAAGCAUCAUUCCAAUACUCUUUACACGUAUGAGGUUAUAUGUAGAAAAAAAAUUUUACUACUAAAUGAUUUCAACUACUGGCUUUCUAUGUUUUGAAAGUAAUGACAUUGUCUUCGUUUUUUUUACUGGUGGUUUAAUACAAAAUACACGGAGCUUGUUUUCCUCUCAUAAGUAGUGUUAGCUCCGAUGUUCAUGAAGACAGCUCUUCAAAAGCAGACUCUGAGGAGCCUCGUGCUUCAGCAGAAAGCUCUGCAUCACGUUAUUGUGGACAGGCAGAAGGAAACAGAGCAGCCAAGCAUUGUCUUUUAUCAUUUCUUGAAACGCAAGCGUGCAUACCUGUGAGGAAACCAGCAGCCACUCGUAAAUGUUCUACAGUGUCCAGUGGCACCCUUGCCAGUUGACACAGACCAGUACCUUGGUGUUCCUGUUACUUGACAAAGGCAGCCUUGACUGGGACGGGGGGUUGGGAUGUGCUGCCCUUUCUUCUGAAGCAGAUCCAUGCCAGGGUACACAGUUCUUUUCCUAACGAUUGUCUUGACUCCCAACUGUCAUGGCUUGGGUGCUGUGUAGAGCAGUUUGGCCUGAAGGUCGCGGGGGGUCUGCUUGCACCGUGUUCUGUGUCCUCCGUGACAGACUGUGACUGACUCUGCAAAAAAAGAUGAAAGGUUUGUGGAUCCAGAGGGUCACCAUUAGGUCUGUGGAGCUGAGUUGAUUGGCACAGAGACACAGAACAAAACAGGACUCUGGAUAUAAGGCAUUUGGCUUGUUAACUGCACGUCCUCUUCUAUCGUUCUUUUCCUUAAACGAAUAGACUCAAAAGUGCCCUUCUGAAGUCUGGUUGAAAUGGUGAGAUUCGAUAUCUACAAGGAUCGAGUGCUAGUAGCCAUGUUUCUUUGAAACUGAGUAGAGGCGAGGAGAUUCCACCCAGUAGAGUAUUGGAAGCGUUCGCUUUCUUCCCAUAUCAGUAGAGGGGUGGAGGGGGCAGACCCACCGUGCACAUUUCAUCCUGAUUCCCUUUGCCCACGGAUGUUUGCCUUGUAAGAACUAAUCAAAUUACUAGGGUGGGAAAUCUGUUAAACCCAAGAUGAAGGCAUAGCCUUUUAGCUCUAUUGAUGUUUGAAGUACAUUUAUAUCCAAAUGUUAAUAAACAUAAAUGUAUAUACUAA